AUGGGCAGCCGGCUCCGCAGCCCCAGAGCCUACCCUGCGCCCGGCUGGGGACCGCGGCCUGGAGAACCCGGCCCCGCCAAGCGCCGCCGAACCGAAGAGCCCGCGGGCCCCGAGUGCAGGACGGAGCCCACCCUGCAAGAACCCGCGGAGCCCCCGGCCGUGGGCGCGCUCACCUCCGUCGUGGUCCUGGCCGCGGGCUGUGCCCUGCAGCUGCCCCUGGACGGCGUCGACCUGUUGCUGGAGCCCGAGCCAACGUCGGUCCUGCAAGUGUCUCUCGGAGAGCACACCUUCAUGCUGAUCCCGGAGGCCCUCUUGGGCUCCGCCGACGAACGCUCGGGAGGGCAGGGCCACGCGCCUGUCGGCCUACAACCUGGCGCUCUCCUGGGCGCUCCCAGGGAAGACGGUGCCGUCCAGCAGAGACUCUUCUGCGCAUGUGUCCCAGAGAUCGCCGCCCAAGAGGAGGCCUACGAAGAGGACGCGGACCCCGAGUUCCUGCCGCCUUCGAUGGACCCCAGGGCCGGCUCAGUCGCUGGGUUCCGCUCCUCACCUAGAAGGGUGGCCGGCUUCUACCCGCACAGCCCCAUCACGGAGCCCGCGCCUCGGGCCCCCACCCCCAGUCCAGAGAGACGCUCUCCUGGUCCCUACUUCAACCUGGACUUCCACCUUCUAGAGCCUUUUCCCAGCUCACCACUCCAACCUCUACCGCCUUCUCCAAGUCCAGGUCCCCACGCGCGCCCCCAGCGCCCUCCAGGUCCUGCGCGCAAGGCCCGGAGACGCCUGUUCCAGGAAUGA